AUGCCUCGUCGACGUGACGACAAGUCAAAUGGAGCUCGUCGAAAGCUCCGCGGCGUUGAUCCAAAGGAGAGCAAAAUCGUUCGUUGGGAGAGGCCGGAAGACAUACCGUUAGACGACGAGGACCAAUUCCAUGCGUCCAAAGAUAAGAUUCUCCUUGAUGGGGAUAAUUACGGCGAGAUCGAUGAAGGCGACGAAGACGAGGUGUUCGCGCUGAAGGGCAUCCCGGACGACUCGGAGGAUGAAGAUGAGGACGACGACGACGAAGAGAAAGCAGGUGAAGACGAGGGAGACGAAGACUCAGACGACCUUGAGGAACUGCAAGCGUUGCAGAAGAAGAGCAAAAAGGCUGAGGACAAAAAGGGGAAGAAGGGCAAAAAGGGCAAGGCAGCGCAGGCACCGCCAUCCUCCGCAUCGGACGAGGGAUCAGAGGAGGAGGAAGGGUGGGGCAAGAACAAGUCUGCGUAUUACUCGUCCAAUGCGGCGCAGAUCGAGUCGGACGAUGAGGAGGCGAACGAGCUGGAGGAACAGGAGGCGAAGCGGCUGCAAACGAAGGCGAGGGAGGCUCUCGCGGAUGAGGACUUUGGGCUGGGUGAUUUGGUCGAGGGCGCUGCUGAGCAGGACGACGUGUUCAUGGACGCGCCAGCUUCUGCCGUUCAGCCACUACCUCAGGACAAGCAGAGUCUUCUGCGUCAUCUCGAGAAGACAAGCCCAGAGGCUUUGGCGUUAGCACGCGACUGGGACGAUGUCGCACACAAGCUUGUGCAAACGCAGAUCAUAAAUGCACAGAUCCAUGCCAAGACUGCCGAUGCUCUCAUUCUCGGUAUGGCCCAUUUGCACUACCAGGCACUCAUCACGUAUUGCACUACACUGGCGUUCUACCUGCACCUACGGUCGCAGGAGAAGUACGCACGACGACCGGAGCUUCUCCGCUCUCACCCUAUUUUCCCUCGGCUGCUUACUCUCAAGCAAUCUUUAACAACGCUCGAGGAUCUCAAUCUCGGUAUCUCCUCGGAUGAUGAAGACGAAAGCCCCCCGGGUGAGAACGAUCCCAUGGUGGACGCCGAGCAGCGGUGGUUUUUUGAGAAUAGCAAGGGUCUGGAGUUGGGUGAGCUCGAGGAGCUGCUCCAGCAGGCUGAUUUCAUGAUGGCGGAUGGGGACGGUGAGGACACGAUGCCCAAAGCCAAGCCAAAACCCAAGAAAACAGUUAUUGAAGAACCACCGAAGAAGAGGCGCAAGACGGAGAAGAAGGCCAGCGCGGAUCCCAAACCUACCGUUCCCGUCUUCGACCUCAUCGAGCCCGAUAUGUCGCAAUUCAAAUCGACAUCGUCCAAGAGCAGGCACGACUCUUCCUCUUCCGCGGACGUGUACGGUGAGGCGACCGCGCUGGACUCGGCCGACGCCGCGGACAAGCAAGCACGCAAGAAGUCGCUGCGGUUCCACGCGGCCAGGAUCGAGAGCACCAGCGCGCGCCGACAUAGCGCGCGCUCCGCUGCGAUGGGCGGCGAUGACGACAUACCGUACCGCGAGCGCAAAAAGCAGAAGGAGGAACGGCUCCUGCGCGAGGCGGCGGCGAAACAUCCCGGGCAGGGCGGCGAUGACCUCGAUGACGUCGAGCCGGAGCCUCGGGCCACUCAAACUCAAAAGGAGAAGAAGAAGCGCGCGAGGGAGAGCGACGGCGAGUCUGGCAGCGAUGAAGGAGGGGAGGAUGGCUAUUAUGAGCUGGUUCAGCGCGCGUCAAAGGAGCGGAAGGAGAAAAAGAAGGCGGAAUACGAGGCUGCGAGGGCUGCGGCGAGGCCGGAUAUCGAUGAGAGUGCAGCAGACGGUCCUCGUGCGCUCACCCGCGCUAUUUUGAAAAACAAGGGCUUGACUCCCCAUCGCGGGAAGAGCGUGCGGAACCCCCGUGUCAAGAAACGGCAGAGGUUUGAGAAGGCGAAAAAGAAAGUCGCGUCGCAGAAGGCUGUCUACAAGGGUGGCAUCGGGGCCACUGGCGUAUAUGGGGGCGAAAAGUCCGGCAUCACGCGUGUGGUCAAGAGUAUUCGCCUGUAG